UGGCCAUCGUGGCUCCUAUAUAGCCUUCAUCCAUCCUAUCCUCCUCUCCUUCGCACGGAUCCCCCUUGACCCAAGCUUCUCCUGCUUGCCGACCACAACAGCAAGAUGGCCGACUACGUGUAUGGGCCAGGGCGGACCCACCUGUUCGUCCCCGGGCCGGUGAACAUCCCGGACCCGGUGAUCCGCGCCAUGAGCCGGAACAACGAGGACUACCGCUCGCCGGCCAUCCCCGCCCUGACCAAGACACUGCUGGAGGACGUGAAACAGAUCUUCAAGACGACCACCGGCGUCCCCUUCAUGUUCCCCACCACCGGCACCGGAGCCUGGGAGAGCGCGCUCACCAACACGCUCUCCCCGGGCGACCGGAUCGUGUCCUUCUCGCUGGGGCAGUUCAGCCUGCUGUGGAUCGACCAGCAGCAGCGCCUGGGCUUCAGCGUGGACGUGGUGGAGUCCGACUGGGGCUACGGCGCCGACCUCGCCGCGCUGGAGACGAAGCUCCGCACCGACUCCAGCCACACCAUCAAGGCCAUCUGCAUCGUCCACAACGAGACGGCCACCGGCGUGACCAACGACCUCCACGCCGUGCGCAAGCUCCUGGACGCGUACCGGCACCCGGCGCUGCUGCUGGUGGACGGGGUGUCGUCCAUCUGCGCGCUGGACUUCCGCAUGGACGAGUGGGGCGUGGACGUGGCGCUCACGGGGUCGCAGAAGGCGCUGUCGCUGCCCACGGGGCUGGGCAUCGUCUGCGCCAGCCCCAAGGCGCUGGAGGCCAGCAAGACGGCCAAGUCGGUGCGCGUCUUCUUCGACUGGAAGGACUACCUCAAGUUCUACAAGAUGGGCACCUACUGGCCAUACACGCCCUCCAUCCAGCUCCUCUACGGCCUCCGCGCCGGGCUCGACCUCAUCUUCGAGGAGGGGCUCGAGAACGUCAUCAAGAGGCACGCACGCCUCGGCGCAGCAACAAGGUUGGCCGUGGAGGCGUGGGGGCUCAAGAACUGCACCCAGAAGGAGGAGAACUUCAGCGACACCGUCACCGCCGUCGUCGUGCCGGCGUACAUCGACAGCGCCGAGAUCGUCAAGCACGCAUGGAAGAGGUACAACCUCAGCCUCGGUCUCGGGCUCAACAAGGUCGCCGGAAAGGUCUUCAGGAUUGGACACCUCGGCAACCUCAACGAGCUGCAACUGCUGGGCUGCCUCAGCGGGGUGGAGAUGGUGCUCAAGGACAUCGGGUACCCGGUGAAGCUCGGCAGCGGUGUGGCGGCCGCCGCGGCGUACCUCUCGAAUUCCACGCCGCUCAUCCCAUCCAGGAUCUGAGCAAAUCUCUACGCGCGCGCGCGAGAAGGAAGAACAAACCAUGGUGCCCUGCUUCGGGCUGCUGCUUGGCACACGGAAGAGCAGAGCAGGCGUAGUACACUACCGGUCUCAUUAUACUCUCUGUAUGUAAAGUUAUUUUUCACAUACAAAGCUGUGCUAAAGGAGUAUAAUUUCGUGAACUCAUGCUUUAAUUACAGAAAAAAUGAACUCUGAGUAUAUAACAACAUGUGCCCGUUUUAGCUAUACUUGUAUUGCUGAUCGAUCAAUUCUGUUUCACCCUUGUUA